CGGCGGAGAAGUCUUCUUCCGGUUGCAGUCCUAAGAAUUGAAAAAUGGAAAAGGUCCUAGAAAAACAUUUAGACGAAACAUUCAGACUACCAGGAGUUGCAGGUGUCCUUUGUGCAGAUGAAAAUGGACUUUGUUUAGCAGCUAAAGGAGUAGCAGAAAAGUCUGCCUCAGGAAAUAUUGCAAGUAUUGCCAAACAAGCAGCUCAGUUACAUCCUAAUUCUUCUACUCCUCCAGUAAUCUGUAUUGAAUCAGAAACAGGGAGUGUUCUUAUUAAAAGUGAAGAUGAUAUUACAAUGGCAAUAUAUAAAUCAUCACCAACAUGAACAAAAACCUUAACUGUGUUAGAUAAAUAUAACUUCAUGUACCUGUAAACAUAAAAGUUUGAAAAAUAAGAACUAUGAUUUAAAUCAUGUAAAUUGUGCAAUGUUUAUGAAGGUUUUAGUUGUUAAUCUUUUCUAAAAAUAUAAUUUAAUAAAUUAAUAUGUAACAUGUA